AAAACCAAAUGAUUGUUCUAGAAUGGUUAUUCCUCACAAUGGCUGCUUGUGAUGCAGCGGAACCAUGGCAAUUAGGAUUUCAAGACGCAGCAACACUUAUGAUGCAAGGAAUAAUAGAUUUACAUCACGAUAUCUUGUUCUUCCUCAUUCUGAUUUUGGUUUUCGUAUUACGGAUCUUGGUUCAUGCUUUAUGGCAUUUCCACUAUCAAAAGAAUCCAAUCCUGCAAGGGAUUGUUCAUGGAACUACUAUCGAGAUUCUUCGAAUCAUAUUUCCUAGUAUCAUCCCGAUGUUCAUUGCUAUACCAUCAUUUGCUCUCUUAUACUCAAUGGACGAGGUAGUAGUAGAUGCAGCCAUUACUAUCAAAGCUAUUGGACAUCAAUAGUAUCGGACUUAUGAGUAUUCCUACUAUAACAGUUUCGACGAACAGUGACUCACUUUUAACAGUUAUACGAUUCCAAAAGAUGAUCUAGAAUUCGGUCAAUCACGUUUAUUAGAAGUGGACAAUAGAGUGGUUGUACCAGCGAAAACUCAUCUUUGUAUUAUUGUAUCAUCUGCUGAUGUACUUCAUAGUUGGGCUGUAACUUCACGUGUCAAAUGUGAUGUUGUACCUGGUCGUUUAAAUCAGAUCUCUGUUUCGGUAUAACGAGGAGUUUACUAUGGUCAGCGCAGUGAGAUAUAA